UAAAGGACCUCAAACAGCACGCUGUCAGUGGACACGAAUCAGUAUUUCUGAGAAGUGUCAGGAUGUUCCGUGGUUUCUUUGCUAAAACACUUAGUUUUGUUGGUUACACUGUCCAAUAUGGCUGCAUCGCUCACUGUGCCUUUGAGUAUAUUGGCGAAUUAGUGUCGUGCUCAGGACCUUCCAUGGAACCAACCAUCAUUAGCCAUGAUGUGGUUUUCUCAGAGCGAAUAAGCCGUCACCUCUGUCGAAUACAAAAAGGUGAUGUUAUAAUAGCCAAAAGCCCCUUUGAUCCAAAGAUGAAUAUUUGUAAAAGAGUGAUCGGACUAGAGGGGGACAAAGUCUGCACCAGUGGACCAUCUGACAUCUUUAAAACGCACAGUUACGUGCCAAGAGGGCAUAUAUGGCUUGAAGGCGAUAACCUUCGGAAUUCUACAGAUUCCCGAAGCUAUGGCCCAAUUCCCUACGCCUUGAUUCGAGGACGUGUAUGCUUUAAGGUAAUGAGGAAAAAGUCCAGUUGCUUGAUCUAUAUGCUUCCUUUGAAGCCAAACAACAAGCUUCUUAUGUUUGCCCUUUUAUGUAUAGACUGUUUUGCAUAUAACAUAGAAAUUGAAUGGUCAUUUUUAAAUGUUCCUCUUUAAAAUAACAAAUAAGUUAAAUUUUAAACUAUGGACAACCAUAAGUAGCUAUAGACGUGGGUGCCAUAUUCAUUUAGAACUGUUUUCAGCUGUCAUGUCAUAUACCUUCAUGUGCCCACGACCCUGUAGAAAGGUCCCCUCAUCUUCUGUCAACCUCUGAUUGGAAAGUUAGAGGAAAGUUAGAAGAUACAUUUUCUCCACAUUUUUUAUUUAUUUUAAAGUUUAAAAUGAAUUAUAAAAGAAAAAUUCAAAGUUAAUUCUACAAUUAUUAGAUAAUUAUUAUAACGUGUUAGAAUAUAUAAUGUAUUUAAAAUAAAAUUGAUGAAAAGGGAGUUAAUGUAGUCUUUCUUUA